GAGGGAGAUUUUCAUCACAGAUAAAAAUGUGGGUGGAUACUGGUAUGAUUUACAGGAAGUUGUACAGCUUAUGACAACUGUAUGUUUCUGCUAUUAACGUUAUAAAGCUAGGUCCUAGCUUCAACACCUCUUGGCACAGAGAUGAGUAAAAUCUAAAUAGAGUCAGGAAAUUUUGGGGAGUUGGCUGAUGCUGUAGUUAUGGGGAAGAUACCCAGUGAUGACAUGGUAAGUAGACAGAAAAGCGGGAGGGAAGUAGGAACUGAGAACUGAAGAGUUCACAGAAAAUUAUAGAGAGAAGGAGGCCUGAAAGAAAAUAAAGGGAAAAACUUGAGCUCACGUGAGGUGUAAGCUCAUGAACUUGUAUUUAACUGGUAAGCUGUGAUUUGAAGUCCUUGUGUGUGGCAUCCUCCUGUAUGCCAGGAAGUACCAAAAUGCCCUGCAGUCUUUCCAGAGCUUAACAGUGAAACGUGCCAGGCCUUUACCCACUUUACCCAGAGUAGCAACUGAUUCAGCUUCCCUUCCAAAGUGGGUGCCAUCAUCACUUGUGAAUGCCAUCCAAGCCAUGGAUGAGAUAAAGCACAAACAUACGAGUCUCAGAGGUACUGAUUUGCAGGUAGCAGCAUUAUGAUGUGCAAGUUAUCAGGUGCCUGUGGUAUCAGAUUGAGGGUGAAAUUUCAUCUGAGGUGGCUUCAGGAGCUGUGUGCCAUCUAAAUCUAAGCACAGAUCAAAUGUCUGGUUGUCAAAGCCAUGCUUUGUUUACUUUUGGCCUGACAGCAAUCCUUGAAUGUUUCAGCAGUCAAAGCAGUUGUGACACUUGAUCUUCUGUGGGCAGGAGAUCACAACAUUUCAUCCUAUAAAUUCAUGCUGCGCGGGUUCUGGAGGCAACACUAACAAAAAGAGAAAUAAAUAGAUUGUGUUUUAAUACUUGGAACCUGUGACUGGUUUGAAGGUGAUUGGUUUCUGUUCUUUUCAGUUCAGGCUCACAUUUCUCAUCUUAGCGUCUGUGUGCUUUGGAGGGAGGGGGAAAGACAAAUUCCUCUGGAACAGAUCACUGAUUAAAUCUGGCAUGACUAUCUCAAUGCAAGCUUUGAGGUGGAAUUUGUCACUGGAACUGCUCUUGCAUCUAGUGAGGUUCUUCCAAGAUUUGCUUGUCAAAAGUACAGCUCAGACCAUUCCAGCAGGUUAUAUUCCGGAGGCAGAUAUCUAGAGCUACCACAUGUAACUUUUACCUUCUGAUAUUAUAAUGAGAACUUAUAAGAAGGUGGUUAUAAGGUAUAAUACUCCAACUCUGAUAAUUUUUCUGCUCUGAAAACAUUUUGACUGGGCUGGAUUUAUUCCCUCUUAGGAAUGCCGUAAGGCUGCCGAGUCUGUCAGUGGUGACGUGUACACUCACAUACAGCACUCUCUUACAGAACCAGUAGCAUCUACUGAAGUCAUUAGAUUUUCUAUUAAUUGCUCUGUGAGAUUUUGUCUGAUAGCAAGGAACUACUCCUGGGUGGGUCUCCACAUUGCAGCUUGUAAUGAAAGCUCAAAGAUUGGGUUAAAAUUCACAGUCUGUGGGGUUUUUGCUGUGGGUAGUGAAAUCAUGUAACUCUUGGAAUAAUGAUCUUUCCAGGAUGUAUUCUAGGAAGAUUCCUUGAUGGUAGAACUGUAAGAAAACGUGAAGUCAGUUUUGAUGCAAGUUUCAAGCCCUGUACUUUAAUAGAAUCAUAGAAUGGCCUGGGUUGAAAAGGACCAUAAUGGUCAUCCAGUUUCAACCCCCCAGCUACGUGCAGGGUCACCAACCACCAGACCAGGCUGCCCACAGCCACAUCCAGCCUGGCCUUGAAUGCCUCCAGGGAUGGGACACCCACAACCACCUUGGGCAACCUGUUCCAGUGUGUCACCACCCUCUGUGGGAAAAACUUCUUCCUAAUAUCCAACCUAAACCUCCCCUGUCCCAGUUUAAAACCAUUCCCCCUUGUCUUAUCACUAUCUACCCUCAUAAACAGCCAUUCCCCUUCUUGUUUAUAUGCUCCCUUCAAGUACUGGAAGGCCACAAUGAGGUCUCCCUGGAGCCUUCUUUUCUCCCAACUAAACAAGCCCAGUUCCCUCAACCUUUCUUCUUAGGAGAGGUGCUCCAGCCCUCUGAUCAUCUCAGUGGCCCUCCUCUGGACCCGCUCCAAGAGCUCCAUGUCCUUCCUGUACUUGGGGCCUCAGGCCUGGACACAGUACUCCAGAUGGGGCCUCACAAGAGCCGAGUAGAGGGGGAUUACUUUAGGUAAUCAAAUAUCACAAUAUUGUACUGUAAACAUGGUGAGACCUUUUCUUCUUACCUGUUACCUUGUGUAACCCAGGAGCCAUCUAGAAGAUUUAAGAAGCAGUGGAAAAAUGCUAUAAAUUUUGUAUUAUUCCACAUCAUAAGUCUAUUAAUUUAUUUACGCUCUGCUGACCCACAACCCCAGCUCUGCAUGCUAAACACCAUUUUGUGCACAGCACUGUGCAAAAACCUUUUAAAAAAUUAUAUUGUGAAGUCAACACCAGAAACUCUACAUUACAAUAUUUGCAGUGAGAGGGAGGGAAACAGCUUUUCAAUAAAUAAGUAAAUUAGAACUAGCUGUUUUACUGAUCUAUUUUAAUUGACUUUAAAUGUACUUGAGAGUUGUUACGUGGAUGCUCUGCGUGGCGGUGGCCCCAGCAUUUAUGACCUGGCAAAUCCAAAACUGUUUGGACAUAGAGCUUUUUUCAAUGUGGGUAAAUCUUUGGCUUUCAGCUUGCAGAAAGGCUCGAUGAACCUUUCCAAUCAUUUUGUUUCUAGGCUAUAUUGCUGCUAGGUGUUUUAAAAUCACACAGGAGUGUAACACCUGGUGUAUUUGUUUCUGUACUGAUCCUUAUUUUUAUGACGCCCUUGUUAAAACAGUAAAUGAACAAGGAAGAUAAUCAACAGCAAGUAAGAAGCCUACAGACUAAAUGGGACAAAUAAAUGACUGCUUCAGUUUAUUCCAUGAAGCAAAGAUAUUGCAGUGUUUCCUUGUUAUUCCAGCAUCACGUGUACAGGCGCUUCCAAUUUGUGCCUUUUUGUUUUUUCCCUUGUGAGGCGGUGGGGAGGUUUCCUUGUGUUGGUGGUUUUCUUCUUUGUGUUGCAUGAAAGGUUUUGGCCUGUGCAAGGCAUUGCAGCUCCCAAAGAGUUUAAUGAUUGUUUGCAAGCUUCCGCCCUAGCUGAGACAGAAUACAAGCCAUGGUGCUCUUUGAGUAGCUGAAACAUCAGCUGUUCUUAGGCUUAGCUUACUACCUGCUUUUCUUUUAAAGCAGUGCUAAUUUAAGUAUACUGGAGCAAAUUUUUAAAGUAUGCUUCUGUUCAGACUUAAUGCUGAUAGCAAGUACUUCUCUUAGCUUUGAAAAACAAAUGAUAAUCUGGAACCAAAAUCUGAGCUGCAGCCAGGCAGCUGCAUGUUAGACUCCUGCAUGCAGAGUGGGGCCCCUCUGCUUGCUUACCUGCUAGCAGUGUGCUGGCACUGUAACGUGGACCAGGAACUGAAAGGCAGCAGCUGAAGUAGCUUCCAGUGUAGUCUCCACUAUCGUUUCUUGGACAGCCCUCUAUUUCCCUGAAUUCAUUGUUGUAUCAGUAACAACUUCUUAACACAGCAGCAAGUGCAGGUUUUUCUGGGGAGGUCUUUGAGAUGGAAUAUAACCUCGAUCCACAGGGCUCCUGGGUUUCUGGCCUCAUUUCAUGGCAGGAGUUGUGAAACCUGGACAUACGCUGUGGAAUUUUCAGUGACGUAGUUGGUAAAAAUGCUCCUUACAAACGAUUUGAAGUGGAAGGAUGACAGACUUCGUGGGUGAGCAAAGAGCAGUAGUUGAAGGGAAGAGUGGGAUUUGCUUGAGGACCUUUCGGCACCGCUGACUUGUGAAAGAGCUAUGGUGCGAUUUAUGUGCUUCUCAAACUUGCCAAGUAACUGACUGCAGCAAGUGAGGGUAUUUGUCAGCCUGCUUCUUUAGGUCUGGCUGGAGGAUGUAUUUUUCAGCGUGUAGCACAGGGUAGAGCAUUAACUCAUAGGGUGGAAGCUGUAAUUAGUUUGGGACCGUCUGGCUCGUCUCACAGGAAGCGUGUGUUUGAGGGUGUAAUGGUGGAAACAGAGCUUCACCUGCCUGUUGAGAGCACUAAAUAUCUGAUUUAUAGACUGUGCUUUAUGCUGGUUAAAUUACUCCAAGGGCAUGACCAAAUGAGAGAUGAGGGGAGGAAAAAACCCACUUAGGCAAUUUCCUAAUGCCUUGAUCUUUUAAAAUCAGUGCUGUGCUUUGGGGUUUUUGUGCUUUUCCACUUAGAGCAGUGCUCGGUGUCCUGUUGGGAGCGCCCAGCUGCUUACUGCAGGCUGCCACAGGGCUCCCCACACAGGUACGGGGCUGCCAGGAGCUGUGCUCGGGCUCCAAGGACAGCAGGGCUCUUGUCUGCUUCCUUUCCUGCUGCGCUGUGCUUUGUUCCUUUUUUUCCUGUGCUGUUGCUAUGACUGAAUAUGGUAAUAUGUUUAUAAAUCUUUUACACCAAAGCCAACCGUGUGAUAAAGCAUAUCCUCUUAGUCCGACUGAAUAGCAGCUCGAGAGAGGGAAAAAUGAAUCUGUUCAGAAAGUUCAAAGGAGAGGGAUGCAGGCAGGCUAGGAAUGGAAUAUUGAUUGUGGCUUCAUUUCUAAUCAAAUCAUACCAGUGAAUAGGCAGCUGACAUCUCCAUAGCCCUAAAAAAAGAAAAAUCUAAUUUAAGUUUAAUACUAGGAUCCAGCAUUUUGGAAACCCGUAUUUAUGUCUAUAGAGCGUUUCUCAGCACUCUAUGUUUAGCUUGAAUGGAUGCAGAACACUUGCCAUUUUCUGUUGAUAAUUUGUGUUGAACGCUCUGAAUUGAGAUUACGAGCUGCUUUAAAAAGACCAUCGGGCUUAUUGCAGUAUUCUAUGGCUUAAUAAAAUUAUAUUGGGAAGGCAGGUAGGGAGUUGUAUGACUGAAUGUCUGUAUCCUGCUUUAAAUGGUUCUUUUGUGCUGUGACUGCCAAAGAACAAGGGCAACAGAAUUCCCUGAGCUGGAUAGCGUCUGGCUUCCUGCUGGAAUGCUACAAUUAGGUGAGUGCAACUGUUGUGCUAUGUUAGGUUAAUCUGUGGCAGCGGCUUGAAUGAGGCUCUCCUAAUUCUCUGUGGUUAGGUCAGGGAGAUGGUGUCUUCCAAUAAUGUGCAAAUGAACCGUUAAGAGAACCCUGAGCAUCUUCUGUUGUUUUCAUCCAUGUCGCAGAGCAGACGCUCAGGGCGCUGUGUGACUCAGUUCCUAGAAGGUGUAAGUCACGGACGGUGAGCAUUUGUGCCACGAGCUGGCCAAGCGGAAAAGCAGUAGUGUCUGAUCUUGUGGCAGAAGUGUGUGCUAGCCUGCUCUACGUAACCAAGGGUAGGGCUGUAUGAGAAUCUGAAAUGUCUUUUUGCUUCAUCAGGUUCUUGUUAGGUGUAAUAAGAGUAACUCCUAUCAGCAUUCUAGGUAGACAAUGUAGUUAUACUGCUUUGUUUCUUAGUAGCAAACCAAUCUUCCAGCGCUGGGAGAGGUUGCUGGGGUAAACCAGAGGUCUCUGCUGGUGCUAAACUUGAAAAUCGUGUCUUUGUUUUAUGUGUUUAUACAGCCGGACUUGAUCGCUGUGUUUGAUAAUAGACACUACUGAGGAUAUGGCAAAAUAUCCUCUUUUAAGGUUGUUUUGUUAAUUAAGCAAUAUUACCAGUUGUGUCAAGGAUCCAUUCAAACAUAUACAUUUGCGUAAGGUCAUGCGCUUUGGAUUGUGUAGUAUCCAGAAUGAACACUUGGUACUUACGUGAUCUGGUAUAAAUAACUCCUAGCAUUUAAAAAAACUUAGACUAUUCAGUGCUGGUCUUCAUUUCCCGUAUCUCCUCCCAUAAAGCUCUUAAGAAAUGUUAAUGCGUACUUUGGCAGUUUCUGUAACUUCUGGCAAACAUUGUGCCAGGUAAAAUGGAUCCUGGAUAAAAACAAGAUGAUGGAACCCAUUUCAGAUAAAAAGACGGGACUGCAAAUAUUAAAGCAAAAGCUAGGGAAGAGGAAAGAUAACUGAAAAGAAAAAUAUACAAACUCAGCAUGAAUAAGUACAUUGCUGUCAGUGUGGAUAUUAUUUCUGGAGCCAGCUGUACUUAGUUUUUUCCAUAAAGUUGGCUGUACUGCAGUGUUCUAAUGACAGGUACUGAGGUUUUCUCUUCCAGAAAACCUAUUUGAUCACCAGCAGUCCCUGUUAAUGUGAAGCCCGUGAGAGCAGCACAGGCUGCAAAGCCCUCAUUGCAUCCUUUUCUUCUGUGACUCGUAGUGCUACUGUCAGGUUACCGCUGUUGUCUUUUUGGCCCUGCUGUCUACCAUGAUAACUCUUGACUGGUUACGUGCUGCACUGAGCACAAUUUUGCUUAAAUGUGUUAACAUAGCGAGGAAAUUCCAUAACGUUAAUCUAAAUAUUGCAUUGUCCUUCACAAUUGCAGUAUCUGCAGUAAGUGGCUUUUAAUUUCACUGUAUUAGCUGACUUUUAGAUUAGCAGCAUGGUUUGAGCAGAUUAGGGUGGAUGAAUUUGGACACAGUUUUCCUUCUGCCUUUUCUAUUGCGCUCUCUGCAGUUGUGUGCGCUGCGUGAUGGUACGUUUUGAGCCCUUCCCAGCAGGCUGCUGUUUUACACCUCAUUCUAAACUCACUGUUCUGCAUUUGGGAAUGUUUUUUGUUUGGUUUUGUCUGUUUUUCCUACUUAGUUUCUGAGCACUGUAUUCGUGCCUAAAUUUUGUGCCAAAUGUGCAUUCUCUGUGUGCUUACGCUGCAUAGAGGGGUGUUCAUCAGAGCUGCCUUGCAGUUGGGGUAGUAGGCAGUGAGCUUUGUAAUGAGCCUUCAGAAAUGGCAGGAGUUGGUUCCACCUUUGGCAUUUGAGUUCUGGCCAAACAGAUGGAUGUAUUUUCUCUUCGCAAACUGUCUGAGUGAGCUCGCCAGCACUACCCAAGCAACGCCCAACUCUUACUGCUCAGGUUUGUUGGGAAUGACAUCAUAGGUUUUGUACAACAUCCUCCAGGUUUGUGACUCCCUGUUGUUUAGACAAUAGUUUCUUCCUUUGUCCCUGAAACUUCAAAACCGGUGAUUAACACUUUUGUUACAAGCAAUGCGGUGAUGUAAGUAUAAUUCAGCUUAGUUUAUCUUCUGAAAUUGUCUGAAUUGCUAUCUCAAAUUAAUUCACUUUAAUAAAUCUAGCCAAUUGGGGAUGUGUCCUCUCAGGAUAGGAAUAUCUCUGAGAUUAGAUAAACACUUCGCUGCGGGGUUUUAUUCCUCUCUAAUUGAGUGAAUCUCUUUGAUUUCCUUUUCAGUUGGAUGAGCUUUCUGCAUUUCAGUUUUUUAAUUAAUUGAUGUUAUCUUACUGCCUUGUGAAAAUUCUCUACAAUGCAGUUUGUCUGUAUUGAGAUAUCCUCUGUAAUCUGUGUUAGUAUUUGAAAAGUAUGGCGUAAAAAUAACAAUUUAAUAUAUGGUUCCUUCAGGACACUUAACUGAAGAGUUCAUUUAAAAUUUGUUGUCAGCUUCCACAAGUUUUUUCUUCCCUUGCAACCAACCAAUAGGCGAUUAGUGCAGCAAAUACACCGAUUCACGCACAGCUAAUUGUGGCCUGUGUGUGAAUUGGAACGUUCCUGUGGUUGUAUUGACCCUUUGUCAGCCUCUAUAAUGUGAGCAGGAUGAUUUCUAUCCCAGUCCCCUAAAAUAGAAUCCUCUAUUGGCUGAAAAAUAUCAGCAGUGUAUUUUAUGUUGCCUCAUCAGUAAAACAAAAUCAAAUAUAGGACAGAUUUUGGCUUAAAAAAAAGAAAUUAAACAAGAAAAUGCUUUAAAGUUCUGCUGUUGAGAUCUUCGGGAGACGUAAGGUUAAAUCCAUUGACUCUGCAGACAAUUUUGGGACUUACUGUACUGCAAUUAAGAUGUUUUCUCUCCAGAGUUUAUUCAGAGUACUGUUAAUUAGUUAUGUCUCUGCAGUUCUCUGCCUUUGGCCUCACUGAUGCUAUUGGUGUCAAGCCUUUGAUACUGAGUAUAGGAACACAGCUGAAAAAGAUGUACUUCAUGUAUGUGUGGUGUGACAAAUAGAAAACACUUGCUCGUGUGUAUGAGUAACUAACCUUUGUAAAAAGAAGUUAUUUGUGAAGAUGCACAUUAGUUACUGCGGAGAAGUCAACAGAACGCUCUUCAAAACAAAGAGUAGAUUGAAGCGUAAGGGGAAGGGUGGGAAGGAGGGACCUUAAAGUGCUUAGAACAGCAUAUCUGAUUGCUGCUGAUACCUGGCAGGAGGACGGCCAGGUUUCUGAACCAAAUGGACAAGCACUGCUUGAUCCUCUAAUGUUGGAAAGUCAGAGGUGGGACAAUCAGAUGUGUGAGCUCUUCUUAAAGAGGUACCCAAGCAAUAUCUGUAAGUUCCGCGGGAAUUCCCAUAGUGAUGAAAGCUGGCAUCUGCUCUCCUUCUCAGGCAGCCCAUGGCUGCCAGUCACACUGCAUAGUGAAGCAGACUGUAUCUUUUGAGGCUUUCGUAUCGAAAUGAACUGAAAGUCCACUGUGUAGACAGGGAGCUGCUGAUGUAACACAAGGGUUCUGAGCUUCUCUUCUGUCAGCCCAGUGUGCUGAGAAGGAAGAGGGACAAAGAAGGAAGAAGAGGAAGGCUGCUUGAGUGGAAAGACAUGACAUGAAUACUCUCAGUUUGCCACUUAGCAUUCGCCGUGGAGGCUCUGACACCAAUCUGAACUUCGAUGUACCAGAUGGAGUCCUAGAGUUUCAUAAAGUCAAACUCAGUGCUGAUAGCUUGAAACAGAAAAUCCUCAAGGUUACAGAACAAAUCAAAGUCGAACAAACAGCUCGAGAUGGAAAUGUGGCUGAGUACUUGAAACUGGUAAACAGUGCAGACAAGCAACAAGCUGGACGCAUUAAGCAAGUCUUUGAGAAAAAGAACCAGAAAUCUGCCCACUCCAUUGCCCAGCUGCAGAAGAAGUUAGAGCAAUACCACAAAAAGCUCAAGGAUAUUGAACAGAAUGGAUCUUCCAAAACUACUAAGGAUACUUCCAAAGACAAUUUGAAAGAUAUUCAGCAUGGAAAGCCUCGUACCUCUGGGCAUGGAACAGAGAGCAACAAGUCGAGUGUGCCAGGUGUAUCCUUGACCCCACCUGUCUUUGUUUUCAGCAAGUCGAGAGAGUUUGCAAAUCUGAUCCGAAACAAAUUUGGUAGCGCAGACAACAUUGCUCAUCUCAAGAACACCCUGGAGGAAUUUCGUCCAGAAACGAGCUCUAGAACCUACGGGGGCAGUGCCACCAUUGUUGCCAAACCAAAAUACAUUAGUGAUGAUGAAUGCUCAAGUGGGACCUCCGGCUCAGCGGACAGCAAUGGAAAUACUUCAUUUGGUCCUGCCACAGCAGGUGCCCUGGACAGCCAAGGAAAGCUUUCCAUGAUUUUGGAGGAACUAAGGGAAAUCAAGGAAACACAGUCCCAAUUAGCUGAUGACAUAGAGAAUUUAAAAACACAGUUUAAGAGAGACUAUGGCUUUAUUUCUCAAAUGUUACAGGAGGAAAGAUAUAGAUAUGAAAGAUUGGAAGACCAAUUAAAUGACCUCACUGAUCUUCAUCAACAUGAGACAGCAAACUUGAAACAAGAGCUAGCCAGCAUAGAGGAGAAAGUGGCAUAUCAGGCGUAUGAGCGAUCACGAGACGUUCAGGAAGCCUUGGAAUCGUGCCAGACCCGGGUUUCAAAGCUGGAGCUCCAUCAGCAGGAACAGCAAGCACAGCAAACUGAAACAGUUAAUGCCAAAGUGCUCCUGGGGAAAUGUAUAAAUGUUAUCUUGGCCUUCAUGACUGUCAUCUUAGUGUGUGUUUCUACUAUUGCAAAGUUCAUUGCUCCUAUGAUGAAGAGCCGUUUUCAUAUCAUCUGCACUUUCUUCGCAGUGACACUGCUGGCAAUAUUUUGUAAAAACUGGGAUCAUAUCAUCUGUGCCAUAGAAAGGAUGAUUAUACCAAGAUGAAGCUGCUGGGCUAGCUGUUGUUUCUUCUCGUCCUCUCUGUUUUUAAGUGCUGUGUGUUUACAAUUUUUUUUUUGUCAGUUUAAAUGUGCAGACUGAAUGAAGAAGCCUACAAAGACUCCCAGACUGUCAGGUGUAAAUAUGUAAACGUGUACUUGUUGGCAGUCAGUAGGCUGUUCAAUCAGAUGGUGUCGAACUGGCCAUGUCUGUGAUGAGCCGCUAUCUUGUGUCAGACUUCUGCCUUAAGCCAACCGGUUGUCCACUCUACAAGCCUGUGACCACAGAAGAUGGUGGGAUGCUCUGGGAGAGGAUCCAAGCCACUGCAAGUGUGAGGUGUUCUUUUCACUGGACUGGAGUGCAAGGAGUGUGAUCACAAGGGAGCGCAUCACAGUGUGUAUCAGCCCUUUAGAUAAAUCAUUUUCUCUCUGAAUCCAGCUACAAUGAUAAGCAAAACUAUACAGUCGUAUGUAUUAAUAGUUCUGGUUUCUAAAUUAAUGGGUAACUAUAUACGGAGUUUCCAGUUUUCAGGACCAGCAAAACCUGUGAUGCUUCUGCGAGUAACCCUUUGCACAAAGAGUUCAUUGUUCAAAAAUCAGACCGCUGAUGACUAGUGACCACAAUUAGCACUUGUUCUGUUGUCCCUUAUCACGCUCAAGGAAAAACAUGAAUGUGGCACAAAGCUUCCAAAGAUGAAGAACUGAAUUAAAUAAGAUCUCCAGGCCACUUCAUAAAGGAGUGAGGGAGCAAGUGUAACUCAUGGGUGUGUUUCCAUGCAGAGAGAAGUGCUCACUUGCCUCAGGCACCGAGAAAGGCAACAUUUAGAUUAGCCUUUGCUAGCACUGAAUUGUUGGGGUUUCUGAACUGAAUGCAGAGCAGAUAUAUACUGGGACUCUGGGUACAGUGGAUGUUUUUUUCCCUUAUGUCAAAUUAAACAAUGCAGAAGAAGCAUGAGGGAACUGAUCCUUAGGGGAGCAGGGAGUUAAACUUCUGUAAAUAGACAAACACUGUGCAGACUCUCUUAACAGACAUUCCUAAAAAUAAUGUAUUAUCAUACAGUACCACUACUAGGAGACAGGGUUGGGUUUGUUUUCUUACUAGAAAUUAUUUUGUUUAGGAACUGCAGGAAAAAAAAAUCCCUGAAAUCCUCUGCUUGGCUCUCAUCCAUCGUGUGGAACAAGAUCUUUAAUAAAAAAUUAAAAAGAAAAAAAAAACAACACAGAAUUCCCUGCUCUGUAUUAAAUGGGGGGCGGGGGGGAAGUGUCUCUAGUUAUUUGAUGUUCGGUGUUACUUACCUUUUAAUUAACUGUCAUUACGAUUUCUUUUCAAGUUGUAUUUGUUAUGCUGCCUUUACAGAAGGGGUAGAAAAGGGAACUACUUGGUGAGUGGGUGCAGUUUUGUUUUUUACUUUUACUCAAUCACAGUGGUUGGUGUAGAAAUUCAGAAGUCUUUAUUCUGAGGAAUAGGGAGGCAAUGGAAGAGCUUUGACAUUUUAUGACUGCUGGAUUAUCAGUGAAUACAGUUACCUUUUGUGGCUUCAGGGACUGAAGAAAGGACAGAAUUAACUGCAUAAGUAAUGAUAUGACUUGGCAUUUAAAAAAAAUAAUAAAUUAAAGCACUAUAAAGGUCAUUAAAAAUUCUUUGUAUGUGCAACAGCUCUGAAAAGAUACCAGGAAGGAUGGUACCUGGCCUGCAGGCACUGGUAGUAUGCACACACAUCUUCACAACCUGGCCCUGCCCAAUCUUCUGAGGAAGGUGCAGUGGAAAGCAGAAGUCCUGCUGCGAGUGGCAUCACAUCAUAAAGCCCAAAUGUACCAAUGGCCUCUCCUGUGGCUGGAAGAAUUAUUAGAUAGAUACAUUCUUCCUCUUUUUUUUUUUUUUCCUCUUUGCCUUUACCUCUGUAUUCCCUGAAGAGGAGCAUGACAAUUGUGUUAUGCAUAAACCUUCUCUGCCUUAGUUGCUGCACAUGCUCCUGCUGCUGCUUGGUGCAGGAAGGCCUUUCUUCUUCUUCCUCUUAACCUGUUUUGGCACUGUGCACAGCAGCAGGUCUGCAGCCCCCCUUCCAAGUAGCCGCUCUGGCCUCCUUUCUCGGCCAGCUGAUUAACUGAGAUUGCCUCCGCUGAUACAGUUCAUAAACUUAUCUUCACAGGAAAGUCUGUUUACAAUUCUAAAAAGAUUAAAAAGAGGGGGAAAAAAUGUUGCUCUUUUCUGGCUCUUACAUCACAAGAGAGGAUUUCCCUUUGUUUCUUUUUAUGCCCUUUUGAUGUGUGGGAGACUUCCUUGGUCUUUUCUACUCUUUCAAUAUAACUCGUUCCCAUCUUCAUUUUUAAAAAGGCAUAUACUACUAAUUUGUACUUUUCAUUCCUUUAGAUAAUGCACGUGCUUCUAGUCAGAGUCCGUUGCUUUCCGAAGCCAUUUGCUAAAUUACAAAUAAUCCUCUUGACUUUUUGUUCUCAUUUCCCCAGCCCACAAGCAUCCCCGUUUGUUCCAAAAAAAACCCAACAUUGACAAAAACAUGAGAAUCCUGGAGGUGGUCCUCAGAAAUGCAUGACUCUUGAUGUUGCUCUUUUGCCUUCCUUAUUAUAAUCAGCCUUCUUCUGCUUGAUUUGUGCAGUCGCCUUCUGGUUGGGCUGCUCAAGAAACCACUGUCCAGCAUUUUAUGUGGGUUCAGAAGGGUACAUGCAGAAGAAAGGUAUACUGUGCAUUGUUAAUUUUACUUAAAAACUCCUUUGCCUGAUGCAUCAUUAGUUGAAACUCCCCAUGCUAGUGUAUGUAAUUAAAAAUGAAACAUCAGGUAGUCAUGACAUCUUAUAACAAAGGCAGUUGGUAUCAUGAGGCAGUUGGUACAUCCUGAGGAUGCAAAGGUUUCUGCUCCAAGGUCAUCCCGUUACAACCCUGGAAGAUGUCCUCAGUGCAAAAUGAAGGCAGAACAUAAAAUCAAUGGGCCUAUGAAAGAUUGCUUACCGUCCUGAUAAAGUAUCUGGGGCCAAAUUGGAAACAGAAGGGCCUUGCAUUUCCAUAUUGGCUUUUAUCUGACAGAGGACGCAGAAAAAGCUGUAAGCUCUGAGUAAUGUUACUUACGCAAAUUAAACAACCCUAAUGGAUAAACGGGCACAGCACUUCUCUGGGUUAUUUCCCUGCUGUAUUUAAAUUGCUGGGCGAUGUGACAUGCAUCAAGAAAUUAAGCAAAUUGUGAAGGGCAAAAGACAGGCUGCAGUGCGAGGAGCUCUGCCAAGCUUGUUCCCACCCGCAAGGGAGGGAGGCCUCCCCUCCUGCCUUCACCCGUUUCGUACCUCAUGCUGACACGGAUGUGUCUUGCAGAGAACCUUGUUUAACUUCUCAAUCCAUGUUCUGUUGGGACAGUGGGAGCACUUCUGUUCUCCUACAACACAUUAAAUGUCAUUCUUGCUUCCUGCACUUACUCAUCAUGAGUCUCUAAUACACUCUCACUCUACAAAAAAUUGCCAACGUCUUUUCUGCCUGAUGCUGCCUGGUAGUCAAUUAUUUCACUUCCCUUUGAUGUCGUUCUCUAAAUGAAAUGUCCUUCAGUUAAUUUUUGAUGCCUGUCCUUAUGGUUUAAUUUCAAAACACCUGUGUUAUGCAGUGUCUCUGCUGCAAGACCAUUGUGCAUGGACCUGGUACCUGUUGUAUAUGAAGGAUCUUUUACAGCCAGUGUUUGUCUUUGAACAAAACCACAAAUGUUUAUCUGGGGACUAGAAACAGAAUAGGUGAAGCCAACUUGAUGUAGCAAAGAUACGACUGGAAGUUGAAGCCGGGCAAAUCCAAUGGGCAAAUCCAAUGUACACAUAGUUUAGCGAUCAUUAAGAGUUAUGAGUUAAUUGUUAGCUAUGGAAUAACUUAGACAAGGACUCAAAUAUUUUAAGCUCAAGCUGAAUGGUGUUGUUCAAGGAGGAAUCAGUCCAGACUUAUGCUUUAUUCAGAGUCAACUACGUAAACAAAAGUAGUGCUUUCUGGAGUUAAAAUCAAUGAAUGAGAGAGAAUCUAGGAAAACAAAACAAAACAGAAGCUUGUGGUUCAUUUAGUUGGUAUGGGAUUUUGGAAGCCAAGCCCAUUUCUACUGUGACACAGAUAUAUUACUUCUGGAUUCAAUGGUGCAGCAGAAGGUAAACACAGAUUAAAGUAAUUAAACAUUUUAAUUUGGAUAACAGAAUUUAAUCACUUCUGAGAGUCCAGCUAGGAACUGCAAUCAGGCAACUUUACUCUCCUUUUUUAAUCAAGCAAAUAUCUGUCAAUCGUCUGGUUUGUUGUUGUUUUGGGGGUUUUGGGGGGGGAAUUUUUAAAACAUUUUUCCCAUUGCCUGUUGUGCCAAAAUUUGGCCUUUAAUUAAUUAUCUUGUUCCCUUUGAAAAAGCAAUAGAUGAUAAGAGCCUUGUUUUCAAAUAAAGUUUGAAUGGUUUCUGAUGCUGGAUAGAAUCCGGGAGAAAGAAUCAGACCAUUUCACAUUACAGCAAUGAAAGAGUAGGAAAAUUCUAAUAUUAGUGAAUGGAAUUGUGUAUUGUCCCUAAAAAACCACGGAGUUGAUGCUGUAUGUAAAGACUGCAUGAGGACUGUCAAAGGAUCUUGUACAGCUGAAUUGCUUUAUGUGUAGCAUAUGAAGUUACACUGUUGUUGGAAAGUUUUGCACAAAGCCAUUUUUCCUUUCUUUUUGUCUUUUCUUUCCUUCCCCCCACGCCCCAAGAAAGCUAGGCCUGUUAAUAUUAACCUGUACCAGAAAUUGUCUGUUUUAAUUGACUGGAGUUAAUUAAUUGUCUCAAUGUGCAAUCUCCAAUGUUUCUCAUAGUGUAUUCAUUUUGUGCACCACUGUGGAAAGAUGCAACUAUAAAAAUGUAAUUUUUGUACAUUUUGUUGUGUAGUCAUGACUGCCUCUAAGGUGCCACUGACUUUUUUUUUUUUUUUAAUAAAACAUAUUUACAUUUA